CCUCCGCAGAGACACCGCCCGGCACCGCCCGGGCACCGCCGCGCCCCUGGGCACCCACCUGCUCCCGCAGAGGUACCGAGGUACCAGCCCAGCGGCACGAGGUUAAAAAGUUGUAUCAUCUCAGGGAAGCAGCAACUCAAACCAAUAAUGAGCAGAUGAUACCAGUUAAACAGUGCCUGGUAGACAACGUGAUCACAACGCACAAGCAGCAUCGAGAAGCAGGGACAUUAUUGUUCCCAGGUCAGCGGGAAACAUGCCCAGUAUCUCGGCUACCAGAGAGGCUGCAGUUUCCAUGUAGAUCUCUGUAGAUCUUGUAACCAUGUCAGUUAAUGCAACGGAGAAUGAUCCCCCUAGAUUCUUCGUAGGUGGAGAAGAUGGAGAAGGAUUAUUGGAUUCAGCCAGAUCGACAGAUUAUGAACACUUCUAUGACCAUGGGGAAGACGAGGAGGAAGAGUAUGACUCUCCACCAGAAAGACAAAUUGCGGUUGGGAUUUGUUCAAUGGCUAAGAAAUCAAAGUCCAAACCAAUGAAAGAAAUUCUUGAGCGCCUCUCCAUGUUUAAGUAUAUAACUGUGGUGAUAUUUGAAGAGGAUGUUAUCUUGAACGAGCCGGUAGAAAACUGGCCUUUGUGUGACUGUCUCAUUUCUUUUCACUCUAAAGGAUUUCCACUGGACAAAGCAGUUGCCUAUGCAAAACUCAGGAAUCCAUUCAUAAUCAAUGACUUGAAUAUGCAGUAUCACAUACAAGACAGAAGAGAAGUCUAUGGUAUUCUUAAAGCUGAAGGCAUUUUACUUCCUCGCUAUGCAGUUCUGAACCGUGAUCCAAACAAUCCCCAAGAAUGCAACUUGAUUGAAGGAGAAGAUCACGUGGAAGUGAAUGGAGAAAUUUUCCAAAAGCCCUUUGUAGAAAAGCCAGUUAGUGCUGAGGACCACAAUGUUUACAUUUAUUAUCCAACAUCUGCUGGGGGUGGAAGCCAGAGACUCUUUCGAAAGAUUGGCAGCAGAAGCAGUGUUUAUUCGCCUGAAAGCAGUGUGAGAAAAACAGGUUCCUAUAUUUAUGAGGAAUUCAUGCCUACAGAUGGCACUGACGUGAAGGUGUAUACAGUGGGUCCAGACUAUGCUCAUGCUGAGGCCCGGAAGUCUCCAGCUCUGGAUGGCAAGGUAGAACGAGAUAGUGAAGGAAAAGAAGUGAGGUAUCCAGUCAUCCUGAAUGCAAGAGAGAAGUUAAUUGCUUGGAAAGUAUGCCUUGCCUUUAAGCAAACAGUUUGUGGCUUUGAUUUGCUGCGUGCUAAUGGACAGUCCUAUGUCUGUGAUGUGAAUGGCUUCAGUUUUGUGAAAAACUCCAUGAAGUACUAUGAUGAUUGUGCUAAGAUAUUGGGAAAUAUCAUAAUGAGAGAACUUGCUCCCCAGUUUCAGAUACCAUGGUCAAUUCCUUUGGAAGCUGAAGACAUCCCUAUUGUGCCAACCACCUCUGGAACAAUGAUGGAGCUCAGAUGUGUUAUAGCUGUAAUACGCCACGGGGACCGAACACCAAAGCAAAAAAUGAAAAUGGAGGUAAAACAUCAGAGAUUUUUUGAUCUCUUUGAAAAAUGUGAUGGAUAUAAGUCUGGAAAACUAAAACUGAAAAAACCAAAACAAUUACAGGAAGUGCUUGAUAUAGCAAGGCAGCUCCUUGUAGAACUUGGGCAAAACAAUGAUUCUGAAAUUGAAGAAAGUAAAGCAAAACUUGAACAGCUAAAGACUGUGUUAGAAAUGUAUGGGCAUUUUUCAGGCAUCAAUCGCAAAGUUCAGUUAACAUACCUUCCUCAUGGCUGCCCUAAGACUUCCAGUGAAGAGGAAGAUAAUAGAAGAAAUGAGCCAUCCCUGCUUCUGGUUCUAAAAUGGGGAGGAGAAUUGACCCCUGCAGGCAGGGUUCAAGCAGAGGAGCUUGGAAGAGCUUUCAGGUGUAUGUAUCCAGGUGGACAAGGAGAUUAUGCUGGAUUUCCUGGAUGUGGUUUACUUAGAUUACACAGCACUUACCGACAUGAUCUCAAGAUCUACGCUUCUGACGAGGGACGAGUUCAGAUGACUGCAGCAGCUUUUGCAAAGGGACUACUGGCCUUAGAGGGAGAGCUGACUCCUAUUCUUGUCCAGAUGGUAAAAAGUGCUAAUAUGAAUGGUCUGUUGGACAGUGACAGUGAUUCUUUAAGCAGCUGUCAGCAUCGUGUUAAAGCAAGACUCCAUGAAAUUCUCCAGAGAGACAGAGAAUUUACUGCUGAUGACUAUGAUAAGCUUACUCCAUCUGGAAGCAUAUCAUUGAUAAAAUCAAUGCAGGUUAUUAAAAAUCCUGUAAAGACAUGUGACAAGGUCUAUUACUUGAUCCAGAGCUUGACAUCUCAGAUCAGGCAAAGAAUGGAAGAUCCAAAGUCUGCAGAUAUUCAGCUGUACCACAGUGAAACUCUAGAGCUGAUGCUGCGCAGGUGGGCCAAGCUGGAAAAAGACUUCAAAACAAAAAAUGGAAGAUAUGAUAUUAGCAAAAUUCCUGAUAUUUAUGACUGUAUAAAAUAUGACGUACAGCACAAUGGAUCCUUAAAAUUAGAAAACACAAUGGAAUUAUACAGGCUUUCAAAGGCGUUAGCUGACAUUGUUAUUCCUCAGGAAUAUGGUAUUUCUAAAGCUGAGAAACUGGAGAUUGCCAAAGGGUACUGCACUCCUCUAGUCAGAAAAAUUCGUUCUGACCUUCAGAGAACUCAAGAUGAUGACACUGUAAAUAAGCUUCACCCUCUUUACUCCAGGGGUGUUAUGUCCCCGGAACGCCACGUUCGCACACGGCUCUAUUUUACCAGCGAGAGUCACGUCCAUUCCCUGUUAUCCACCCUUCGUUAUGGUGCCUUAUGUGAUGAAUCAAAAGAUGAACAAUGGAAACGAGCUAUGGAUUAUUUAAAUGUGGUCAAUGAACUCAAUUACAUGACACAGAUUGUUAUCAUGCUUUAUGAGGACCCAAACAAGGAACUUUCUUCGGAGGAACGUUUUCAUGUAGAGCUGCACUUUAGUCCAGGAGCCAAAGGUUGUGAGGAAGAUAAAAAUUUACCAGCUGGAUAUGGAUACAGACCUGCCUCCAGAGAGAAUGAAGGCUCGAAGAAAACCUCUCACAGAAAUGAUAGUGAUGAGGAGGCACAUGCUCCUAAAAGAGAUGAAACAGAUCGAUCAGUAGUGAUGUUCAAGCCAAUGGUAUCAGACCCAAUUCAUAUACACAGAAAAUCACCCCUUCCAAGAUCCAGGAAGAUUGGUUCUGUUGAAGAAGAGAGCCCCCUGAGUGUGUCUAGCCCAGAGUGUAUUGGUACCUGGCUGCAUUACACCAGUGGUGUGGGUACUGGGCGUCGAAGACGCAGAUCAGGGGAACAAAUCACUUCUUCCCCUGUCUCCCCUAAAUCACUGGCUUUCACAUCCAGUAUUUUUGGCUCAUGGCAACAGGCGCAGUUUAGGAGAGUGCAUUUGGUCCUAUCAGAAAGCAAUAGUAACUUACGAACACCACGAACUAUUCUGGAACAAAAGCAGAGUGGUCUAGGGUCUCACUGUGCGGGCCUGUUUAGCACCUCAGUGCUCGGGGGUUCUUCAAGUGCACCUAACCUACAGGAUUAUGCUCGUACUCAUCGUAAAAAGCUGACUUCUUCUGGCUUCAUAGAUGACACCACACGCGGUUCUGCUGUUAAAAGGUUUUCUAUCUCAUUUGCUCGACACCCAACCAAUGACUACCCCCCCAUCUUUAGUUCAAGGAACAUGGUGAAACAAGUAUCUUCUGAAAGUGCUUUACCUUAUUUUCUGGGCCUCUGCAGAACACCCACACCUCUAUAGGUGCUGGUCCAUUUCCUCUGUGGAAUUUCUAGGCUCCAGUGGUAUGUGUCUGUAGUUUUUGAAUCUAAGACAGCAGGGUGGCUUUUUGAGAUGCUGCGUUAACCCUUUCAUUGUCUUGCAUUUUGAUGCUUUAAGAAUUAAUACAGCCAAAGUUCAAAGGCUGUUCAUGUACAGGAAAUUGCCUUUUUAAAGGGAUACUGUCGGGCUUCUUCAUCAUAAAAUUUCAAAUUUAUCUAUCUUAACAUCCUAGAAUAUUUAUCACAAAAUAUUCAAAUAAAACACUGCAGAUAGAUUUCCAGAGUAUCUUUUAAGCCAUAUCCCUUAGAUGUAAAGUUACUACUACAACAUUCUGCAGUACAACUACCUGACAGCAGAAUUGUUAAAACUCAACAAAAAUGUUUGGAGGGGAAAUUUAUGAAACAAGAAGAAACUUCCCCCCCCCCUUUUUUUUAAGGACAUGGCUGUAUUUUGAAAUUCCUUCCUGGUUUUCUGUAACUUGCACUAUGACAGUAAUAGUUACUAAAAAGUUAACCUGACAUUGUCCCACUUUGUUAUUUGCAAAUAGAAAAAUAAAUUCUCAUGGAAAUGAUGGUGACUUUUCUGUCAAGGUAAAGAGAGAAAUCUUACAUUUCACUGUAAUGCAACGAAAGGGUUUGUGCUUUGCAUGCAUGCAAAUAGUCAUUUAGGAUAUUAAUAUGUAUGCCAAACAUCUUAGUGCUUACACUGAAGCUUAGCUACUGCCUUUGUAGGAGAAUAGAAAUUAAUUAUAUUGUGGUGCUUCUUUUGUACACAGAAACCAAGUUUUUAUGAAAUGCAACAUUUUGUUUAUAAUCUAAAUGAAGCUAACAUGAGUACACUUCAGUUGAUUGUAUAUUUGUAGCAAUUGUCCUGGAAAUUUGAGUAUUGGCCAGGGUGGAUCUAAAAAUAAAGAUAUACAUACAGACAUUUUGGGGUUGAAACCUUGUUGAAUUACUUCUCUAUGCGAAGCACUAAUGGGGAAUGAAUGGGGAACAUUGCAUAUCACAGGAAUAUUGUUGCUUAUUAUUUUAUGGGAAAGAACAGUUCACAGUCGUAAUGCUAUCUCUGAUAAAUGUGCCUUGAACUGAAAUUCUAAACAUUAUUUCAUUCACUAUUGCUUCUUCAUUUACUUAAAAUAAAUUUACUGUAUUGAAUUGCAAAGUUGUAGCAUUACAGCUGAAUGUUGAAAACACUAAUGGACAUAUUUUCCUCUUCUGAAAUGCAAUUGGAUGAAGAGCUGUUCAUUGAGUUAUCAAACUUGCAUCACUUUAUAGAACUGCAAAUUUUUUUUAGCCAAGAUGUUGAAAUGCUUUUUAGUCUGCUAGUAAUAUGGAUAUGCAUGGUUAGUGUAUGAUCAAUACUAACAUAGAAAAGCAAAGUCCAAUAAAUUUUUAGAUUUUUGAGUUGCUUUACUUACCUCUUCUAAUAUAUGAAACCUCUAGUCUUCUAAGUACUGUUUUUAAAUGCAUAAAGGUAGGUGUAAAUCUCUCUUAGAAGGUAAAAACAUGUAAUCUCAAGGUACAAAAAUGCUAACAGUGGUUUUCCUUUGAUAUUAAAGGCAACAGUUUAUUUUCACAGAAUACUGAAGAUGAUAGAACGUGAAUUCUGCAAAUUUCUUUCUUGGAAGAUGUAGCAUUUUUAGCUCUUGUCUGCUCAGUUGACAAAAUAGCUAUAUCCUAUUUUCUUGCAUGAAUGAGUUAUCUAUCUAUUUAGUCAUGUGCCAGGUAUGAGAAUGAGUAGGAGAAAUACUAUCUUUUCCUUUUUUUUGUAGUGAUCUACUGAGUUUGUCUUCAAGGAAAAUUAUCUUUCAUUAACUAAUUUGGGAGUAGAGCACAGUUCUAAUGUUUGAAUAGUUUGUGUGUACACAUGUACUUCAUGUGUACAGGGGAUUUGUAUCCCAUGGUAUGUUACAUGGUGUCUUUAGUUUAGUGCACCCUGGAAACUGGCCCAUUUUGUUCCAACUCCUGUGAUAUUUAAUUUCCAUGAUUUCAAGGGUCCUAUCUGCAUGUGCAAAUGUAAAAUAAAUACUUUUUAUCAUGCAUUAAUACUUGUAUAUGCAAGAGCUUAAAUCCUGUCUUAUGUUUGGAAAUCUCU